AUGAAAUACUUCUUGGUACUCGCAUUCGUGGCGGCUGCAUCAGCAGCUUCUCUGCCUCAGGGCAUGAGUCCUGCUGAGCUCAAUGAAGCUCUCUCAGCUCCCAGCAGUGACCCCGCUAGAAUUUUUGCCAUUUCUCAAAUCGUCCAAGGCGUCCUCGACGCUAUCUUCAAUCCUAUCAACGUUGGACCAGCUCUAGUUGAGAAGCCCGAAGAAAUCUCCGUCGGACCCGCUAUCAUCGACCCUGUAGAUGAAAUUCAAGUUGGCCCCGUCGUCGUGGGACCCGUUGAGGAAAUCUCAGUUGGACCCGCCAUCAUCGACCCUGUUGAAGAAAUCUCAGUUGGACCCGCUAUCGUCGACCCUAUCGAAGAAAUCUCAGUUGGACCCGCCAUUAUCGACCCCGUUGAAGAAAUCUCAGUUGGACCCGCUCUAAUUGACCCUCCCGCAUUCAACCCCUUCCCCUUUAACGGCCCCCUUGUCCAGGUCGUCGUUAACGUGGACUCAGCUUCUUCCGACUCAGUGGUGGUGGAGCAACCCGCUCUGGUCCCCGCUCCCGGCGCCGACCUCGACCAGAUCAAACCAGACCCCGUAGUCGUUGUGGACGCUCCUGAACCAGCUGUGAUUGCCCCAGAACCCGUCAAUGUCGGCAACCCAAUCUUCCCCGACCUCGCCAUCAACCUCCCCGAGCCCCUAAAUUAA